AUAAAGCAUCUUUGUCUAGUCCGCCUGUAACCCGCACGUCUUUACGACCUUGGCGUAAACACUGGGUGCUAUACGCUUUAAAAACAAAUGCCUUAACAAAACUCUGUGAGUGAGCUAAGACUAUAUAGUAGCGAUAUAGAUAGCUUCAAAGGAAUGGAGAAGAAAGAGUCUAGUUUGCGUCAAACGACGUCAUGUCGGCUCGCGAUGGUGAUGGCGUUUAGCUUUGUGGCACUUGGCUUAUCGCUUGUUUGCAUCGCUUAUUUGGUUUUUAUGCCUGUGCAUGCGUGCGAGUGUAGCGGCAACGCUAAAAGAGAUGUGCUGGACGACACGCAUGGCCAUGGACCCUCGGCUACGCAUCGGAAUGUACUGGAUCAAGACGCUUCACAUAAUCGAAAGCGCAGGAACGAUUUAACGUCUCGACUGGCCCCCAUGUACCAACUGCAGAAUCAGAUUCAACGUCUUGAUGUGCAUGUCCGUUUAAUCCGUGAGGAACUGGAGAGAAGACGGUACUCAACAGGGCCCCGCGGUCCGGCUGGCUCCCCAGGCAUGCCGGGAAGAAAUGGCUUAGACGGAAGGCCUGGGAUGGACGGACCGAUGGGUAUGCCGGGAAGGGACGGCACUAACGGUAAAGAGGGCUCUCCAGGACCACCAGGUGCACCGGGGCCCCCAGGCGUUAACGGACUCCAGGGACUUCAGGGCGAAAGAGGUCCUAUCGGCCCGAAAGGCUUGAUGGGAGACAAAGGCGUGCAAGGCUUGCCGGGACCAAAGGGUGACCGCGGGCCAACCGGCCUGUCUGGUGAAAACGGGGAACCAGGAGCACGUGGGGACACGGGACGAAAAGGAGAGAAAGGCGACAAGGGAGUCGCAACUUGUUACGUCACAAAGCGAGGCAGAAGGACUCCAAAGCCAUGCUACCUGGCCUCCUAUAUGGAUGAUGACGAUAGCAGUUGGGAGAGUGACUCUGCUAGGGCCACGGGCGUGGUGUACACGCGGUGGGGACGAACUACAUGUCCUCAAGGGGGUGCCCGCUCUAUAUACUCAGGUCAAGCCGCCGCAACAAGCCAUGGUAAGGGUCGGACCGGAGGCUCCAGCUUUGAAUGCAUGCCGAAUAGACCCUGGUUCUUCGGCCAACGAGCUCCUUCCGACCCCAUACGAAACUCAUCUGUGGUACCUCAACACCCCGAGCAAGAGACCGAUCUCAAGGCCACCUUCUUUUACGUCACGUGCGCGCGUUGCCUUGUGAAGACGCGCAGUAUCCAAGUGAUGCUCCCUGCACGGAAGGAGUGCUAUAAAGGAUGGCAUCGAGAAUAUGACGGGUUCUUGGGCGUUCAGAUCAACAGAAAAGACCACAAAGAAAUGAUUUGCAUCGACCGCGACGCGCUCUCCAUGUUCUCCGCUAACGACUUUGUCCAGGCCCUCCGCGCCGACUGCGACUCGUUCUCAUGCCCUCCAUACACGCGCGGCGAGAGGCUACCGUGUGUAGUUUGCACAAUGUAAACCGGAAACUUAUAAUUGCUAUCCUCGUGAAGCUGCCUAAGUUAGCGGUGUACUAGCACAUGUAAUCAUUUUUCAAACCAAAUAGCUAUUACUGUAUGCCUCAACCAGACCAGGCUCUAAGCGGUCCAGUACUUUUUUCUUGCAGCUUUCAUGUUAAGUGAUUAACUCUGACCUAGACAGGGUCUAGACCGGGAACUAUGAAGGCACAGGUAGCCAAGUCUAACGUACGAGAUGGCUAAACAAUAAGAUUCCCGGAUGUAAAUAUAGCACUCAAUUGUAAUCUUGCGGGAAAUAAAAAAAAAAAACUAUA